UUUGCAAGAUGUAGAUUUGGAUCAAUUUUGUUCACCUAUAAAAGCAGCAUCGGAUUCUUGGGAUUAUUCAUUGUUUUGUCUUGUUGACAAGUUGAAGCAUCUACUAAGUAAUAUGAUUGCCCUUAAACUAAUUUGUUUAGUGUUGGUGGCCUUGGGUGUCAAUGGAGGUGUCCCCAGUAAACGUGGACUCCUGGAUGGUAAUUUCGGCAAUUUUGGAAACAGUUUCGGCGGGAACUAUGGCGGUGGUUUCGGAAACAACCAUGGCUUUGGUGGCAAUGACUUGGGAUCAGCUUUUGAUCAGGGAUUUGGCCAAGGAUCCAAUAGUUUCGCUCAAGGACCUAUCAUUUUGGCAAAACCUAUCGUCAUCCACAAAGUCAACUCCUAUCCACCAGUGUCUCCCGCUGAAAUAGCUUCCGCAAUCUCUGCCGCAAAGGAAGCAACCAGCCAGGUCUUACAAGCCCAACAACGCGUGCAAUUCGCGAAAGAAGCCGUUCUGAAUCAACAACGCCUGGCAAGCCAAAAAGAAGCUCAAGCCGCCAUCACAGCCCAGAAAGCCGAAGCUGCUGCUUCUGUGCAACGCCAAGAAGCAAACGCCGCCGCCACCUCAGUGGUCUUAGCUCAGCAACGUUUAGCUCAAGCUAAAGCCGAAGUCGCUGAGCACCAACGCAUCGCAGCCUCCAAGGAAGCACACGCCGCGCAGAUCAUUCACCGAAGUGCCAAUGCCGCUGCGCAUGAAAUACAAAAAUCAGAAAACACCGCUGCCAAAUUGGCAGCUCUUCAACGAUCUGAAGCUACUGUUUAUAAACAUGCAUCCGCCGCAAAGGACACGACCUUAUCUGCUGCAUCGGCCGCUGUUGCCGCCUCAGCUAGCCAUUACCCGCAACAGGGAGGUCCUUGGAUUGCACAUCCCAUUCAUAUUGGAGCAUGGCAAUAA